CUUCGCGGGUGCUUUCGGAACUUGUAGUUUAGCUAUCGGCCGAGCUUCGUAGGCGGGAACGGGGGCUAACAUAGCCGAGAACUACCGAGGCGAAGGUACGGGUAGUAGCAAGAGGUCAAUCCACGCCAAGCGUGGGGUUGGCGGUGAGGCCGGCGGCGGUAGUUGGAGUUGGGUGGGAGGAGAUCUUUCGCACACACGAGGAGGGUUGAGCCGCUGUCGCUGCGGUCGCGAGUGCCCAGUCCGGACAGCUGCUGCCGCCCAAGACGCCGAGAAGUGAGUCUUUGGCCGCUGGCCCCUCUGUCUUGUCGUCCUCUCUGGGUCAGCGCGGCCUGCUCCUCCCCGGUCGGCCGCCCCCGCCUCCAUUUCCCGCCCUCUGUUCACCACACACACGGCCCCCCCGAUCAUGGAUCCCGGCAGCGGCGGUGGCGGCGGAGGCGGUGGUGGCGGGAGCGGCAGCAGCAGCGACUCUGCGCCCGACUGCUGGGACCAGACGGAUAUGGAGGCCCCCGGGCCGGGGCCUUGCGGCGGCGGAUCCAUGGCCGCGGUGGCCGAGGCCCAGCGUGAGAACCUCAGCGCGGCCUUCAGCCGGCAACUCAACGUCAACGCCAAGCCCUUCGUCCCCAACGUCCACGCCGCAGAAUUCGUGCCGUCCUUCCUGCGGGGACCGGCCCAGCCGCCGCCAUCCCCAGCUGGCGCGGCCGGCGGCGACCACGGAGCGAGCAGCAGCGCGGGAGACCCUCCGGUGCCUGUGGAGUCCUCUCAAGAACAGUCAUUGUGUGAAGGUUCAAAUUCAGCUGUUAGCAUGGAACUUUCAGAACCUGUAGAAAAUGGAGAGACAGAAAUGUCCCCAGAAGAAUCAUGGGAGCACAAAGAAGAAAUAAGUGAAGCAGAGCCAGAGGGUGGUUCCUCAGGAGAUGGAAGGCCACCAGAGGAAAAUACCCAAGAAAUGAUGGAGGAGGAAGAAGAAAUACCAAAACCUAAGUCGGUGGUGGCACCGCCAGGUGCUCCUAAGAAAGAACAUGUAAAUGUAGUAUUCAUUGGGCAUGUUGAUGCGGGAAAGUCAACCAUUGGAGGACAAAUAAUGUAUUUGACUGGAAUGGUCGACAAAAGGACACUUGAGAAAUAUGAACGAGAAGCUAAAGAAAAAAACAGAGAAACUUGGUACUUGUCUUGGGCCUUAGACACAAAUCAGGAAGAACGAGACAAGGGUAAAACAGUAGAAGUGGGUCGUGCUUAUUUUGAAACCGAAAAGAAGCAUUUUACAAUUCUAGAUGCUCCUGGCCAUAAGAGCUUUGUCCCAAAUAUGAUUGGUGGUGCCUCUCAAGCUGACUUGGCUGUACUGGUAAUCUCUGCCAGGAAAGGAGAGUUUGAAACCGGAUUUGAAAAAGGUGGACAGACAAGAGAGCAUGCAAUGUUGGCAAAGACAGCAGGUGUCAAACACUUAAUUGUGCUUAUUAAUAAGAUGGAUGAUCCAACGGUAAACUGGAGCAAUGAGAGAUAUGAAGAAUGUAAAGAGAAACUAGUACCAUUUUUGAAAAAAGUUGGCUUCAAUCCCAAAAAGGACAUUCAUUUUAUGCCCUGCUCAGGACUGACAGGAGCAAAUCUCAAAGAGCAAUCAGAUUUCUGUCCUUGGUACAUUGGCUUACCAUUUAUUCCAUAUCUGGAUAAUUUGCCAAACUUCAAUAGAUCAGUUGAUGGACCAAUCAGGCUGCCAAUUGUCGAUAAGUACAAGGAUAUGGGGACUGUGGUCCUGGGAAAGCUGGAAUCUGGAUCUAUUUGUAAAGGCCAGCAGCUUGUAAUGAUGCCAAACAAGCACAACGUGGAAGUUCUUGGAAUACUUUCUGAUGAUGUAGAAACAGAUUCUGUAGCUCCAGGUGAGAACCUCAAAAUCCGACUGAAAGGAAUUGAAGAAGAGGAGAUUCUGCCAGGAUUCAUCCUUUGUGAUCUUAAUAAUCUUUGUCAUUCUGGACGCACAUUUGAUGCCCAGAUAGUGAUUAUAGAGCACAAAUCCAUCAUCUGCCCAGGGUAUAAUGCGGUGCUGCAUAUUCAUACCUGUAUCGAGGAAGUCGAAAUAACAGCCUUAAUCUGCUUGGUAGACAAAAAAUCAGGAGAAAAAAGUAAGACUCGACCCCGUUUUGUGAAACAAGAUCAAGUAUGCAUUGCACGUUUGAGGACAGCAGGGACCAUCUGUUUGGAGACCUUUAAAGACUUCCCUCAGAUGGGACGCUUUACCUUGCGAGAUGAGGGUAAGACUAUUGCAAUUGGAAAAGUUCUGAAACUGGUUCCAGAGAAAGACUAAGCAUUUUCUUGAUGACCCUGCACAAUACUGUGAGGAAUAUUGACUGCAAAAGCCUACUUCACACCGCCUUCUCUUAUUUUCUGCCCAUUGACAAACCUCUCCCCAUAUUUUGCAAAGAAAAUUCACAGCAAAAGUCCACAUUAUGUCAGCUUUCUCAUAUUGAGAGCUCUGCUAUGCCACUGUUGAAUUUUCCCCCAAGAUUUUGCCCCCCUUUUCAAACUUCGCUUUCUUGGACAGAUUUGGCAAUAGCUUUGUAAGUGAUGUGGACAUAAUUGCCUACAAUAAUGAAAACCUACAGGAAUUUUUUUUUAUUUUUCAUUUUCCCCUUAGACAUAGUUAGUCUUUUUUCCCCAGGCAGAUCAUUCUGAGUGUGCGAGUGUGUGUGCACAUGUUAAGAAGACAACUACCAUGUUAAUAAAAUAUUCAAUUUGAAACCCUUUUCGGUAUUUGAAUUGCUUUUGAAUACUGUUUUUUAUCUCAAUGUAACAUUGUUGCAUUAGCUUUUUAACUGCCAAGUAAUUGAAUACAUUUUAUUACUUGGAUUUUUCUAAACUCUCCCUACCCACUCACUUUAAAUGGGGCAUUUACAAACACUGCUCAAGUUUGUAGUAAAGGAAUGAAUUUGUUGUUUGAUCCCUUAUUUUGAUGAUUAAUGCAUACAUAAACACCUUUAUGCAACUGUGACACUGCUUUACUAACUAGGUUUAUUGGUUAUUUUCUCCCAAUUUAUAUUUUAAUGAUUUCUUAAACACAGUAAGUUGUUUUGAAAUGAACAAACAGCAUUACUGUCAUCUUUAUAAGUACAAACUUAAUGAAACCAUACCCCUACAGACAAUUCCAUUAGCUUGUUACAUUAAUGGAAUUCACAGUAAAGAAAGCAAGUUGAGACUCACGAAUGCCCUUUAGUUUAUCUAAGAGCUGCAUGCAUCUAAUAUGAAACCCUUUCAAUUACACAUGCUAGUUCACAAGUUACUCACUUUGUUGGUAACUUUAAAGGGUGGAAGAGCCUUGCUUCUUCAUGCCAAUUCUCAAUACAUUGACUAAAGGAACACAGAAUUGUCACAAACUUCUCACACUAAAAUGAACAGUGACAAAUAGAAGCAAGCACAGAAUAGGUUUUAGCUCAAUUUAGUUUUCUUAAAAUAUAAGCUGUAAUUUGCUAACCACAGGGCAGCAUUGUGGUGUGGUGGUUUUAGUUCAAAGGGUGACUUUCUACUACAGCUAUCAUGCCUGAAAUUUUUAGUGAGAAUAAAUGGGAAGUAGAAAAGACAGUUUCUGGGUUUAUCAGAUGCCUCCGUGUUGAAUGUAUGCUUCCAUUUAUGAGAUUUGGCCUUUUACAUUGUGAUUCCUAAGAUACUUUUUUUAACUGUGUGUUUAUUGGUGUGGCCCAUCCCUGUAAUCUUGCUCCCCAGAAAAUAAAAAAAGCCUAGACAACUGUAUUUCCAGUUAUAAAACAAAACACAAAAGUGUAUUCUUAUCAAUGUAAUGCCAAUUACAGAAAUGAAUGAGUUGCUGUCUUAUGGACAAAGCUAUGUAGAGCCCUCCAGUUUCUUUGAACUACACAUAACGUUCAUUAAAUUGCAUGAAAUUUAAAUUUUAUGGUGUCUACAAAUAUCUGGGCUUUUAUUUUUCUGUGACAUUUGGGAGCUCUAAUGAGAACAAAUUUUUUUUAAUAUUUCCAUACUAAUAAAAUACUAGCAAAUGCAAUAACAAAAUGAACUUAAUGAAUCUUUAGAACCUUGGAGUUACUGAAAUUAUUUCCAAGGAUUUCCCUUUUGAAAUUAAACAUUUUUAAAAACAAGUUAUGUCUACAUUUAAAACACUUACACUCUUAAGAAUGUUAUGUGCUUGUUGCCAAGAUUCUUAAGUGAAAUGACUUGGACGUCACUUGUGAAAGGCCUACCUCUACAAGGUACAAAUGGGAUCAUAAAAAUUUCAUUGGAAUUAUAUCACAUAAACAGAAUUAAUCAACACCAUAUAUCUAGGGACUUCGAAGUUUGAAAGAAGUAUCUCUAUUUAUACUUGACGUAUAAAAUAGUGGUUAUGUAUCAGAUUGUCAUUUGAAUAAGGAGAUAAAAUAUCUGACGUAAGCUUGGAAUGUGUGCAGAUGUUAGAUUUUUAAAGAGCAAUACAGUUGUGUGCUAUCAUUCUGUCUUUUGCAAGUGUAAACUUUUUAUGUGGAUGACAAUGCAAAAUAGGAUAACGUUACACAUUCUGGAUAUUAAAGAACUUGGCAUUUUUUUCAGCUGUAUUUAACAUAGGCAUGUAGCAUCGUUUUGGUUUUCCUCAUUUUACAUUAUACAACUUGUAUGCUAGGUCAUAUACUUUAAUCUUUUAGGUGAAUAUACAGAAUUUUGGAGGUGAUGGUGCUUAAGACAUCUUAACCGUCAUCUUUUUCUGUGGAAGAGGAAAUACAACAUUUUUUCUUUAUAUAAAAAUCUCUAUAAAUUCAAACCACAAGAAGUUGGGCUGAGUGUAUACUGCCUAGAAAUUAAAUGACAAAGUAACUGUAAAUGAUUAAACACAUUUUUUCUCCUUGUUUUUAAUUAAAAAUCUUGGAAAUACAUGGUAAUUACAUGUAAAAACUUUGUAUGAAGUACAUGCGAUGCACUGUAACAAGGUAAUUGAUUUAUCAUGUUAUGAAAACCACUUAGAUCUACUUUACAAUGUGGGACUUUGAAAGUUAUUUGGUUGAACACUUCCUAUCAUCAAUUAAAGUGCUGCAAAUAUUUUGGCUUAUACUUGGAGCCAGAAGCAGUUCUAUAACUUCAGAAUCCAAAAUGAACAUGGGGGGGUGUAAAAAAAAUCAGCUCUAAACCCUUGGUCAUCUCCAGGAACACUAGUCAUUACUUCAUGAUCUUGGGUAACUGUUUACACAUAACAGCACUCUAGCACCUUUGCUUACUGGCAUGUUCUUGCUCACUGACUGCUGCUUUAUGAAUGAUAACUUCAUUGCUUUGGGUAUAGAUUUAGGUAGUCAAGGGACAAAGCUAAAGCUGUAGCUUUCAAUGUUAGGAACUUCCAAUCUUUAAACCAUCUGUGAAAAUUCUGGUUACAGUACUAUAGCUCUGACUGUAGGAUGAGUAGAUUUUAUAUUCAUUGUUGGCCUACCUUAUUAGAAUAAACUGUGCAAUUAAUCCUCUCACAGAUCUAUAUGUAGAGUAGAUAGAUAACAGUCAACUGGAUUUUGGGGAGUAUUACCUCCAAAUACUGUAUUUAUUUCUUCCAACUUAUUUUUCAGUGAUUCUAACACUAAUUAUUCACAAUCUUGUUUGUUUAGAAAUCUUGCCACGGCAGCAACUUGCUAGAUACAUAUAAUUACAUAUGCAAACUCAUGACUUAACAGGUUUAAAUUUAGCAGUUGGUUAAAUUAGAUUUCAUAGUAUGUGGAAUAGAAGGUGUUAUUUUCCAGUAGUAAUUCAGUCGAUUGCAUUUGAACCAAUAUAUUGCCAGAAUUCAGCUAGGGUAGAUUUGAUACUUGAUGGUUUUGGUUCUGGGAUAUUCUUAAUUUUUAGAAUCCUAGAACUUAAUGAGUCUUCCCUUCUAUAAAUACACUUCUCACAUACCUCUAAUCCUAUGCUUCCUUGAAACAAUAAUAUACUAGCCAAGUUGUUUACUAAGGAUUAUUAUGAGGGCGUGGAGGUAUGGGGGGUGCAAGGGAAAAGUACAUAAGCACUAAGCCUGAUAGGCAGAAAACACGAUUUCUUAAGCAGCCCCAGAACAGUAUUGGUUUUUUUUCUGCCUUGUCACACAUGCCACUGUGCCCUUUAAAUGUUGACAUGGGAACCUCAGGUUUCUAGACUGCACAGGUAGAUGGCAUUUUGUGCUUCCUGAGGCUUCCCUCUUGUAGGCACAUUAGCUUAGUGCUUCAGAUGUCAGCCUGAGUCCUUGCUACCUCCUUUCCUGCUGCCCGGGGAAGAGUGUCUGUGCUGGAGCUGGAGCUCUGGCCCUCCUCAGGUGAUGGCCUUCGCCUCCAUUUCUCCCACAUGUGUUAGCUGAAACUGAGGUUUGAGCCCUACUCUUGAAGGGACAUGCUGGGCUCUCAGAAAUGUACACACUUAAGUUUCUUCAGUUUGUUUUAAAGGAAAUGUGGAUCUCUCAGGCCAGGAUUUAGUGACUAAUUUUUACUGAACUGGUUAAUACCUAGAGCCCAUUUUAAAAGAAAACAAGAUUAAUGAGAACUGGUUAGGUUUGAUGAGUUUAGCCUAAUUCCAAAGCAUGAAUGAGUGUUCUAAGUAGGAAAGAAACCCUUUUCUUAUGAUUUGUAGCUACCUACUGUGCCUGACUUGGUGCCUGUGUGAGGAUUAAGCCCUUAGUCUGCUCUUGCAAUUACUCAAAUGACUGAAGUUUAAACAUUUUGUUUUGUAAUAAUAAAAAUUGUCAUCUUCCCUUUUGAUGUCCUGUCUGUUUAUAAUCACCUGUGCUGUACUCUGUGCUACUUUAUAAUAUUUUUGUAUCAAUUAUUGGACAUAUCUAACACACUUAUUGGAUGGAUCUAACAGGCUGUUAUCUCAGAAUUUAAGAACAUGUUUGUUUGGUGUGUGAGGCUUUUGUAUGGUUAUAUGACAACCUUAUAGAACAAAAACAGCCCUCCAGAAGGGUUAUAGAGGUAUCUGAUAACAUCACAUUGUGUGGUUUUAUGUGAACAAUAGAAUUGGAGAAACAUCAAUGAUUAUUCUGUCCAAGCUAUGAACCGCUACAAAUUCAGGAUUUUUAAUAAAGAUCAAGAGACCAAA